CCGAGUCAGGCCACGAGUCCGCAAGGCGGGCUGGCUCAAGGCCAGGCUCAAGGCCAAGCUCAGAAUCAACCGAACCAAGAUGCGGCUGCGGCUGCGGCUGCGGCCACGGCUGCAGCAGUCGCGGCUGCUACCGCGGAGGCUGGACCGGUCGAGGAGGGAGUGCUCCUGGUCAGGGUGCACGUCCCGGAGCUUUACGUCAGCAAGUGUCUUCAAUUCCCGAAGGAUCAGCUCGUCUGGGACGUGAAGCAGCAAUGCCUGGCAUCCUUGCCCAAGGUGGCCACUUGGUACAGGGAGCUGAAGGAAAGCUUCAAUUAUGGAUUGUUCUGUCCGCCCGUAAAUGGAAAAGCCGGAAAAUUCUUGGACGAGGAACGUCGUCUAGGCGAUUACCCCUUCAAUGGACCUGUCGGAUACUUGGAGCUGAAAUACAAACGGCGGGUCUACAAGAUGCUGCACCUGGACGAGAAACAAUUGAAGGCGAUGCACACGAAGACGAAUCUGCGCAGGUUACUAGAGUACGUCGCGAAUAGCCAGGUCGAGAAGAUCGCCAAGAUGUGCAGCAAAGGUCUCGAUCCUAACUUUCACUGCCAGGAAACCGGAGAGACUCCGCUGACCCUGGCCUCGACACUGAAGAAACCGUCGAAGGUGAUAAUAGCGUUGGUGAACGGCGGCGCGUUGCUCGACUAUCGAACGAAGGAAGGUCUGACGGCGAUGCACCUAGCCGUCGAACGCAACAGCCUGGAAGCGGUGAAAACGUUGCUGGAGCUGGGCGCCAGCCCGAACUACAAGGACACCAAGGGUUUGACGCCGUUGUAUUACAGCGUGAUCCAUAAGACGGAUCCGAUGCUGUGCGAGACGCUGCUUCACGAUCACGCGACGAUUGGUGCCCAGGACCUGCAGGGCUGGCACGAAGUGCAUCAGGCCUGCCGCAACAACUUGGUCCAGCACCUGGAUCAUUUGCUGUUUUACGGCGCCGACAUGAACGCGCGUAACGCGUCCGGUAAUACGCCGUUGCACGUUUGCGCAGUGAACAACACCGACUCGUCUUGUAUACGCCAGUUGCUGUUCAGGGGAGCGCAGAAGGACGCGUUGAAUUACGCAAACCAAACCCCGUACCAGGUCGCCGUGAUCGCCGGGAACAUGGAGCUGGCCGAGGUGAUCAAGAAUUAUCAGCCGGAGGAAGUCGUACCGUUUAAAGGCCCUCCACGCUACAACCCGAAGCGACGCUCAGUGGCCUUCGGCGGUCCGUCCACGAUGACCACGAGCUGCUCGGCCAGUAACCUGGGCACCCUGACCAGGAUACCGUCCACGGAACAGCAGCAAGGAUCGUCCACCGGGGCUGGUGUCGUUGGUACCCUGACCAGAACCAUCUCGGUGGAGCAGUACACGUCGACGGUGAACGCGGUAACGAGAGUGCCGUCCGCGGAGCAAUACGCAAGCCGAGUACCGUCCACGGAGCAACAGUAUCCAUCCAUCGGCACUCUGAACAGAGUAACACCGUCCGGAGAACAAUACGCCGUCGGUAGUCCCAUAACUGGGACCGCGAGCAUGAUCAGGGUGUCCGAGCAAUAUUCUCCGAGCGGCACCGGCACCCUGACCCGAGUGCCGUCCCAAGAGCAGUGCGCUACGCUGACCAGAGUGCCGUCCCAAGAGCAGUACGCGAACAGUAUCGCGAGCCUAACCAGAGUGCCGUCCCAAGAGCAGUACGCGAAUAGUAUCGCGAGCCUAGCCAGAGUACCGUCCAUCGACGCGAGCAGAAACGAGCUACAGAGAAUACCGUCCGAGCAGCACGUAGCCGGCAGAUCCGCCGAGCAGAACGGGCACCAUCAUCGGAUUACCUCGGACUACCAGAGCCCGAAUUCCCUCAGGGACCCUAACGCGAGAUUACCACCAGCCAACGCGGAGAACUAUCAUCAGAACGUUAGAAUGGAGGGUCUGACGAGGUUGCAAGAACACCGGCUCGAGCUCCAGCACCGUCUCGACAUGCACAGAACGAUGGAGAUGCCGCCGUCGCCGUCGCCGAGCAGCAGGAGCCUAGCUCCGUUCAGCUCGGCUAGCUCGAGCCUGUCCGAAGGCAGCAAUCAACCGUCCGGCGAAGAUUCCGCCAGCAUCGUCACAGACAAGAGUCUGGGCGAUACAGCAUCCGAUGUCAUUAGCGACAGUUCCGGAGUUGGAACCUCGCAAUCGGAUACCACCAAUUCUCUCUCGAUCCCCGGCACCACUGUCGUCUGCGUCGAGAGCUACAAUAGCGGGAUUCUAGGACACCUGAACAUCAAUCAGGGAGAUAUCUUGGAAGUUACCGGGGCAACGGAUUGCGGGCUCCUCGAGGGAGUUUUACGGGGACAGGGUACGGGUCUGUUUCCGGCGCAUUGCGUGCAAGAGGUCAGACUUCGUCAUACGAACAUCCCAUUGGGUCCUCAGCCUGGCAGAGAUGCCAGGAACAGGGUGUUGGGGCGUAGAGAGUCGCAGCAUAAAUAUUUUGCUACCGCUCCCAGGUUGAAGAAACCAGUUACGUCUGAACCUCGUACCGUUGUGCUGCACCGAUCUAGUAAAGGUUUCGGGUUCGUGUUGCGAGGUGCGAAGGCUACAUCGUCUUUGAUGGAAUUGACACCAUCAGCCAGGUACCCAGCCCUCCAAUACCUAGACGAUGUCGACCAAGGAGGAGUAGCCGAUCUGGCUGGUCUCCGAAAAGGAGACUUCCUUAUCCAAAUCAACGGCGAAGAUGUAACGACGGCGUCGCACGAGCGCGUGGUCGAUCUGAUACGAAAGUCCGGACAACUGGUCAGAAUGACGGUGGUCUCGCCGAUGAUCAGUCUCCCGAAUUCGCAAUCAGCGGCCCUACUGCCAACUAGUCAACCUAUUCAGAGACAAUACGCGACGCUACCGCGUAAAGGUAACAACAACGUGGUGAUCGGCGGCACUCUUGGCAGGUCGCCGGCACCCAUGCCACCGCGAAGGGAUCCGAAAACUACUCUUAGCGUUGGUCGAGCGCGGGCGCGAUCCAUGGUCGCGGGAUUAGAAGGUGGCGGCGAGAGGGACGACCGCGACGAGAUUACGUCAACGGGAGCGAAAUCGAGCAGCGCGGAAUCGAUUCAUCUUCCUCAGCAACCGUCUACCGGGUCGAAUACCGGUCAGAACACGCCGGUCCAACCGAGGACGGCUAGUAUCCGAUCCAGACCUACCUCGAGCAGGAUCACCGCCGCGGAACUGGAGGAACUGUUUCAGCGGCAGCAAGGUAGCGCCAGUGGCCAGUACGGCUCGUCCAUGAUGAGCUCUCACUUUCAGACUGGCCAGGCUACCAAAUCGCAUCCUACCUCGCCUGCAAAGACCGGCAGGGUAUACGCGAGCGUAGCAGAAAUGAAACGCAAAGGCAAAUCGAGCUCGAGGGUACGAUUCUUUGGUGGACUGGGCGGUGGGUCCGAUCUUCAUCGAGAUUUCCAUAGCACGCCAGAUUUGAACGUCCAAGCCCAGUCGUCCAUCCUGGCGCCGAAAGGGCACAGAAGUCAGGAGGACGUGAACGCUUUAAACGGUAGAAACGGUCUUCCGCCACCGAACCAUCCUCCUCCACCACCACCGGUCGGGCAGGUCGUGAAGGUGAACGUGGGCGCAAAUGUGCCGGACGUAGUCACGCCAGCUUCCGUUUACGAUAAUAUGACUCAUAUACAGCAGGUCAAAGAACUGGCAGCGGCCACUGCUGAUGGAUGCUACGGCGUGAUGUCUAGCUUCCGGCCGUCGAACAGCGCGAAGUUGUACGCCUCGCCGGAGGAUAUGAAAACGGUUGGAUAUCGUUCCCGAAGUCUGCCAACGCACACGGCACGUUGUCACGUGAGGAAAUCACACAGCUUGCGCACUACGAAUACAACGUUCAAGCCGAUAACCAAUCAACAGAAUGUGAAUAACACCGUGAGCAAUAGUAAUCAAGUGAACAACAAUCAAUUGACGAACAACCAGUAUGCUCAACCGCUGAAGACGAACAGAAGUCACAGCACGGCUGGUAUCCGAGAGAGAAAGAAGAAAACAAUUACGACCAGUUCCUCAAUCACGAAUCUCGCUUCCAUGGCGAACAACAACACCGGGAACGCGGUGUCGAACACGGCCCCGCCAAUUCCAGAACCCGAUUACAGUCUCUCCGAGUCGGAGAACGACGAGGGAGAGGAGGAAACCGACGAAGACGCAGAAUCGGAGAUCGCGAAGGAAUUGGAAAAGGCAGCGGCGAGAGAGAAAUUGGAAUCUACUAGGGAAACGUCCGGAAACUCAAACACUUCUGGCUCGAGUUCUUCCGGUAGUAGCUCGUUGCCUCACUCAUUCAGCGUCGAAGAAAUACAGAAGGUACGAACGCAGUUGAAGUCCUCGAAGAGCCACCCGAACGAUUUUCUGUUGCAACAAACUCAACAAUCUCUCGCCGAGGACGGUGACAAUAGCUCGAGCGGGGUCAGCUCCGAUCAAGACGUUCCAGUGGGCCCGCCUACUGGUUUCGACGACACUACCGCGAGGAAUCUUGCGAACGAGCAACAUGCGACCGUGCUCUCCGUUACCAACACCGAGAAAGAAGUCAACCCGAAGAGGACUAGCUACGGUGGCAGCGGACUGUUGACCAGACACGCUGUGAGCCUCGCCCAAUUGCCACCGCCCAUGGAAGUAGAUGCUGAGGAGCAGAGUAACGACCUGUUCGUUCCACCCCCGCCAGAAUUCAACGCCGGACCCUCGGCAGGGAACAGCGACGAACUGGUGUUCGCUCCACCGCCCCAAUUCUGCGACAACAAGCAACAGCAGCCGCAGCAGCAAUCGAAUCGCGUCAAAAUCAUUGGUGCGAUACCUAAAGUCGCGAACAAUCAAGUGAAGGCUUCCGGUGGAAGAUUGCAUAACCAGUGAGGAUUCAACGAUAGCCGAUGAACGGACAAGUUCGCGUCGCGUGAUCAGUAGAUCACGAGAUUUUUCAGAGUCAAUUUAAACGUUUCCAUAUUAACCUACUGUCGAUUCGAGAUUAAUCACACGCGAGGCACGAUUUAUAUCUCGAUAAAUGCGUAUUCGUCAUCCGUUCUGUCGUUGACGACCAGGGCUACGUUUAUACAUUGCGUGUGAUAACUGUGAAACAUUGUUACACGUCGUUCGUCAAAUCAAGUGUAACAAGUACGAGUGCAUAUUCUCCUGACUAAAAGCCUGUUUUAUUUUUUCGAAAAUUUUCUCUUUUGUUUUUCGAAGAACGCUUUGUUCACCAAUUUUUUGCGAACUAUAGAUAUUAGUUGGAUAUUGCGCCAUAACUGAACGUAUAAAACGAACGGAAACUUGCCACUUUUCGUUUGUAACUAAAGUAAGACGAUACACUUAAAUUUGAAACGAAAAGCACUCUGAGCGUUAUGCCAUUACUACGGUUUUAUAGUUUUUACACACUGUAAUCGUAGCCUGAAACGGAGACUCGAUACAAUUUUUACAAUAAAAAUUUUUCACCGACGACUGUUGCAAAGAUGCGUUUUUGUAAGAAACGAACGCGCGCCUGGUUCAGGAUAACGUUGUCUCGGUCGAGCGUCUCUGGUAGUUGAAUGAAUCUAUUCAGUGAAUUUUUACCGUAAAACAUAGAAUACGAAUCGUACGUUAGAUUUAAAAGGUGAUGAGCGUGCGAUGAUUUCUAUUCGCAGGAAACCGACUUGAUGCCGGUCUGCGUAAAGUAGACGUAUAAAGCAGGGCUGUGCGAAGAGGAGAGACCGUGAAUUCCAAAGUCUAACAGCAGUCCGCCUGUUUUGUAGAAUUUGUUCUUUGUGCAACAUGGAAUAAAUAAAUAAAUUUGAUAAAAUUAUGAUCACGAA